CUAGUAAUGACCCAACUGUAGGCUUGCAGAUUUUUAGGGGUCCUGCGUUUCCUCCGGGAAUUGGGGGAGGAGAUGGUUCAGGAGUCACGUGACUACAACCCAUCCGUGCCGACCCUUUGUUGUUGGGAUUUUGGGCUAGGAGAAUCGCGACAUUGCCCCGACGCGAAAGGACAGCAAAGACACCCGAGGACGAACGAUUCCUAAAGGACGUUAAACCGUCGAUACGCGUCGCCUUUUCCCCACAACCAGCAAAACAGACGCGCUUGAGAUGCACACAAAGACGGAACGAGAGGCGUCCGCGAGCUGUUAUUGAGACGCGCUCCAGCUCAACAGCGAAUCCGCGCUAAAAAAAUGUGCCUGUGAUAAAAAUGCACGCUUGUUUUUAACCGGAGGGAUGCUCAUAAGGCUCCGUCGGCCUUCCUGGGACACAAACACGUUUUAAAAGGGAUAUUUUCCGCGUCCUCCGCAGCCUGCUCGUCUUUUGUUCCCCUGCACCUUUAUUUAACAGGUCAUAGAGGAGAUACAGAUACAUCAUGUUGGUGGGCACCGGUCAUGUAAGCUGGACCCGACCAGAACUGUCUGUGUUCUUCCUGUUGACCGUCAUCCUCUGCCCAGCUCUGGGAUCCGUUCAAGCAUCCAACCCGCAGAACACUGACUGUGUGUCCGGAAAAGGCAAAGGCUGCUUAGAUCUGUCAGAGAAGAAGAGCGACCUGCGAGUGUGUGAUGCCACCACGUGCCGUUACAGCGGCAUCUGCCAAAACAACGGCGGAGACAUCAAAUGUGUAUGCCAGUUUCAGUGCACUAAGAACUACGUCCCUGUGUGCGGUACAAACGGAGACACCUAUCAGAACGAGUGCUAUCUGAAACAAGCAGCCUGUACCCAGCAGAGACCCAUCUUUCUGGCCUCUGAGGGCCCCUGCUAUCCUGAUAGCAGCUCGGGAUCUGGAGAUGGAGAAUAUGAAGGAUCAGGCACAGAUUCAGGCAAGAAAAUCACAAAAUGCAGCAACUGCAAGUACGGCGCUGAAUGUGAUGAAGACGCAGAGGAUGAGGACUCUUAUAUCCCUGCAAUCAGUUUCACCAAAGAUGAAUUGCUGGACUUUCUGCACUACACAUCACCCAAUAUAUUACCAGUUUUCGACUAUUCUGAUGUUUUGCUGGACAUAGUAGUUGAUGGAGCCGCUGCGCUGAUCAAGUGCUCCAGAACACGCAGAUGGGGGAAGAGAGCCAGUGCCCUUGUGAAGCUCAGGCAUCAUAGAUCUUGA